GAGGGUACCAGCUCUGCAGCCCCCGCUUCUGUAAGCCUGCAGCCACUUCCCCAAGUGGGACAGGCCCCUCUGAUCAGCAAAAGGGGCCUCUCCCCAGCCAUCAGCUCUGACUUGGUCUCAGUUGAUGGUCACCAACGAAGACGUCGCCUGUGUCACUAGCCAUGAUGGAAGACAUGGGGGAUACAACUGUCCAGACGCAGAAUCCUAGGAAGGUUGAGUGGAAUCCCCGCUGUGUAAUUUUCACCUACUUCCAAGGGGACAUCGGCACAGUGGUGGACGAGCAUUUCUCGAGAGCGUUGGGCAAAGUCAAGAUCCCCCAGAACCAGAGUACCCCGAGUGAAACUGUGAUCCUGCAAAAUGAUAGUAACAUGUCUGCAAAUGAGUGGUGUUUCUCUCCUCAGUGGACAAAUCCACAGCCAGAAACAACAUCUUUGGCAAAUGGUGCCACCAACUACAACUUGGAUGGGUUUAAUCCCAUGGCUCCAGUGCAGUACCCACUGCCUCCGACUGGGGACCUGUCCACUCAGCCCAACCAACUGUGGCAGUUCUCUCCUUUCAACAGUUUCAGUUCCCCAGAGCCUGAUUACCUUCCUGCCUUCUCUGCUGGGCCCCCAGUUCUAGAGCCCCAACCAGAGGAGAAAUAUGAACCCUUUCUAAAUCUCCUCCAACAAGACAGAUACGUCAACUUUCCUCAGGAAUCUGCCUCGUGGGAGAAUUACAACUCUGCCCAGGUAGCCGGAAGUACAGGAUUGCUGGUCAACCUGCCUCCCAGCUCAGAUCACUAUAAGAAAAUAUAUUUCUCCCCGGACCGUGGACCUGCCAGUACCAGCCUUGUAUAUGAAAAAAGCUACUUGCCAGAGACCAGUCAAGAUCUGUUCUAUUGAACUUACCAUUUGAAGACGAGAUAACCCUGUUGGCAGACGGGCUCUUAAUUCUCUACUGUGAACCCAGCACCUCUGGAGACCUCCUCAGUCACUGAUCUUUUCUGUUCCUGCCACGAAAGAACCACUGAGCCAGGAGCCAGUGUCUCUUUUCCCUCUUCUUUGGUACCUGUUCCCUCUUGCAGAAGUUUUCGAGCUCACCCCCCCCCCCCACCACCACAGUAUAUGGAAAUGUCUAAAACUGCUGCUCAGGGCUGGAGACCAUGCGGGCCCCUCACCCACUUGUUCAUGACUUCCUACUUAGAAGUCACAGCACCCCUCCCCCUGCUCCCACCUCCGCUGGCUAGGUCCUCCAAGCCCAGACCAGCCACGUGGUUGCCUGUUCCACUCUUUCAGCUGAUUGCGCACCCUGUCGGUCACACAUGCUACAAUGCACCAGGAUACAGGUUCAAGCCGGAGUCCCCCCCUGCAGGGGAGGUGUGGCUUUAUAAGCACCAUGACAAUGUAUCUGCCCUUUCCAAUGUCUCUUUAUCCAAUAAAUACAAAUAAUUGAUAAAACAAAACAAACAAAGAAAAAAACAGGAAGAGUCUAGAGAUCCUUGGCUUUAAUCAGACUGCUGCUACAGAGAGAAAACUGGAAAGGUGGGUGGGUGAAGCUGAUAGAGAAAGGGCUGAAGAGUGUUCCCUGGGUCCUCAAAAAGACGGAGAAGGAAGAACGUUCUCAAGUUGGCUCUGGUGAAUGAUGUCAUUUCAUAUCGGAAACAAGAUCUUAGAAUUGGAUCUAAAAUAAGUGAUCCCUCUGCCCAUGCCAAGUAGGCUAGCUUUCUUCUCCCAUGUCAGUUCCUAUUCAUCUUUGCUCCGAGAACCAAGGGCUCUGCCAUCUGCCAUCCCACUGGGUUCCCUUGGUCCUUGGGGGACCACCCAACAACCUUCCACUUGUCCUCCACAAAUAACAUCUGUAACAUC